AUGUCGGUACAAACCCCUCCCCUUUCACGCUCUGGCUCCUCCCCCUCAACUGGAGGUCUUGCCAAUCGCAGCGGGGCAUCCGCCACCCCUCCCACCUCCCUCAGCCUUCGUUCAUCGUAUAACCAGCUGCUUGGCCGUGAUGUCAUCAAGGAGUCCAUGGAGAUGGGAAGCUCAGCCACGUUACCAAAGAGCCGCCAAAGGUAUGCGAUGACCACUGUCCGGAGCGCCAUGGGGAUAAGUGACAACUUGGCGUUGUCAUCCAAAAACCAAUCCACGGCCAGAGCUAAGGGCCUCCCAAAAAAGUCCUCUUCCAGCUCCGCCCUCUACUCCUCUACAUCCUCUUCCUCACUAUUUAACACAACCAACCCCAAACUGGCUAAGAAUGGGGCUAACAUGCAGAGACGAGCUGAGAGCCAGCAGCUGGAGCUGAGCAGAGCCAAUACAGUGGAUAAGAUUCAUUAUGAGCUCAUCAAUAAUCCAGGUUCAGACUGGCUUGAGCUCGGGAAAGACAACUCCCAGCUGCCUCCGUUUCGUAGGAGGACCAAGAGCUUCUUAGAGUACCAUGGCAAGGGCUGGGAUCUGGACUCCAGCUGUGGAAACAAAGAGAAGAAGGAGGAUAAAAAGCAGCAGCCCUCCUCAGAGAAGGAACAGGCCAGUCCAGCCAAAGAGGCAGAGAGCCAGAAGGAGGAGAAGCACAAUAGCCUUCAGAACAGCCAGGAGGAGAAGGACGACGUGAAGCCUAUGGCAGAGGUAGACGAAGCUGAGGAUGACCCAACCCCGACACCAAGACAACCUCUUCUUCCUGUGGUGGUUGAGGCCCCUCUUUCAUCCACCUCUUCCUCCUCUAACAACAGCCCAGAAUGGAUGCCAGACAACCACAACCACGCCCAGAACCAAGUUCCCGCAAAGGUCAGAGAGGAGCUCUGUGCCCCGGUUCAGGUUUGCCCACGUAGCCCUGCAAAGCCCCCUCGAAGCGCUCAGCCCCGGGUGAUCAAAGUAGAGCUGCACCCCAACAACGAGAACCAGUUUCUGCAACAGUACCCGCCAUCUUCCCCGAAACAAACAAGACCUACCGAAAGAAACACCCCAACCAGGACCCGGGAAUCCCAUCCCCCUCCAGAUCCUGAACCAGAGAAUGGGCUCCCUAAAGUGGGCUUAAGAAUGGAUCUGACCCCUGACACCCCAUCAGAGGAUGAAGACUCCAGCUGGACCACCCUGUCCCAAGAAUCCCCCUCCCCACAGACUCCACAGGAAACAGAUGUAUGGGCCGAAGGGGACCUGCCCCCAGGCUGGCGAGAGAUCUCAGACUCAUCAGAAGUCUAUUUCUGGCACGUCCCCACCGGCACUACACAGUAUGACCGACCUGUUGCCUCCAGCAACCAACACAGCCCUCCCAGCAAUGAGGCAGACGCUGAGCGUGACCCACUCAAAGACACGCAGGAGUCGCUAAAGCUACCAAAUGAGCGCCCCAGCAGUCUGAUAUCUGACAGCUCAGUGGAGCCCGUCCCCUCCCCGUCUGGCUCCUCCCACUCCACUCCAUCCUCCUCCUCCACGCCCUCCAAAGUCAUGACCUCUUCUGAACAAAGUCUCAACGCCGCCACCUGUACAGCCGACGAGCUGAAGGACUACCCGGUCUACCCAGACCCCAGUCUCAAAGCAUUUGAAGGAGCUACCCUCCGAUACGCCUCUCUUAAGCUCAAGUGA